CUCUAGAGCGCUGGGAUUAAAGGCGUGCCCCACCAACCGACCUUCUUGUUUGUUUUUCUUGACUGAGUUGUUACUUACUUUACACUGACACUGCCAGUGCUGUAUCUCAGAAAAACCUCGAAGGGGAAAAACCUAGAAGGGGUUCUGCUGAAGAACUGCUCUGUACCACGUCCUUGCUGCCUGUGCCCCUCCUGUAGAGGGGUUCCUGGGAAGACAGUGCACACUCUGUCAGUCAGGACAAGUACAUCUACCGUCUCUGUUUGGCAAUGCUCAGUGUCAUGGGGUGAAAUUGUUUCCCCCUUACUGUUCUCCAGCUUGCAACAGAUGGCGACAGCCAAGCUCCAUGGAGGCCAUUAGCUCUGUGAUGUGCUUGUGGUUUCAGAUGUGGGUGGCCCGUGUUCGCCUGCUAAGACUUAUCUCCUGGAUCAGGUAAGGGACUUUGCAGUUCACACAGGACAGUUGGCAGUAAGUCACCUCCUGCUUGGGGUUGCCUGUGACGCUCUAUGGCCCUGAGAGGAUGCACUUCAGAAGGUUGGACCUUGGAGAGGAUGGCAGUGAAACAGGUCCUGGGCCCCUGGUUCCUGAUCUACACCUGUAUCGGCUCUUGCAUCUGCUGGGGAGUCCCUGUCCCAGAGCAGGGAACAGGACCGAAGGCUGGGACAUUCACCUGCCUCAGCAACAGACUUUUCAGGAUUGACUGCUACAGGUCAGCUCCAGAGCUGGGCCUGGCAUCCAGGGCCUGGCUUCUCUUUACCAGUAACCAGGUGACCGACAUCAGGCACAGGUGCACCUUCGAGGACAGCGAGGACAGCGUGUGUACCCUUGUGCUGCCCCCUGAGGAGGUGUUGGUGCCGACUGACAACUUCACCAUCACUUUGCACCGCUGUGUCAUGGGGCAGGAGCAGGUCAGCUUGGUGGACUCACAGUUCCUGCCAUGGAAACAUGUGAAGCUGGAUCCCCCCUCGGAUUUGCAGAGCAAUGUCAGCUCUGGGCGUUGUGUCCUGACCUGGAGUAUCCAGUUUGCCCUGGAGCCCUGGAAGUCACUCUUCAGCUAUGAGCUGGCUUUCAAGAAGCAGGAAGAGGCCUGGGAGCAGGCCCGGCACAAGGACCGUAUAUUUGGGGUGACCUGGCUCAGCCUUGAAGCUGUUGAGCUGAAUCCUGGUUCCAUCUAUGAGGCCAGACUGCGUGUCCAGAUGACUUCAUCAGAGGAGGAGGGUGACAUGGCAGAGGAGGAGUAUUAUACAAACCACUGGAGUGAGUGGAGCCAGCCUGUGUCCUUUCCCUCUCCCCGGAGAUGGAGACAGGGCCUCCUGCUCCCAUCCUGGCGGUGGUCGGAUAGCAUCCUUGUUGCUGUGUCCGUCUUUCUUCUGCUGACAGGCCUUAUCCACCUUCUGUUCAAGCUGUCACCCAGGGUGAAGAGACUUGUCUACCAGAAUGUCCCCUCCCCAGCAGCAUUCUUCCAUCCUCUCUUCAGUGUGUACAAUGGGGACUUCCAGACCUGGACAGGGGCCCACAGAGCUGGACUACAACCAAGACAGAAUGGUGUCAGCACUCCGUCAGCAGGCUCAGAGUCCAGCAUCUGGGAGGCCAUCACAACUCUCACCUACAGCCCAGCAUGCCCUGCACAAUUUUCCAGCCUGAAGUGGGAAGGCACAGGCCCUGGCUUCCCAGGGCCUCCAAGCUUAGAGUAUGUGCUGCCAGCAGGGUGUCUGGAGUUGGAAGGACAGCCAUCUGCCUACCUACCCCAGGAUGGCUGGGCGCCUCUGGGCUCUGUCAGGCCCCCUCCUGUAGACACAGACAGAGGCAGCAGCGACUAUUGCAUCUUGGACUGUUGUGAGGAGUGCCGCCCCUUAGCACUCCCAGGACACACUCAAAGCCCUGAGCUCACACAGGCUCAGCCUGUGACCCUCCCUAUAUCCAGCAGGGCCUGAUAUCUACCAAGGGAUGUGGACAUUUUCCUCCCUCCUACCCUCAGAUGGCACCACACUCAGUCUCAGCCUGUCUCAGCCAGGUGCACCAUGUCUAUUUUGGGGAGGUGAAUUGAACUAAAGGCCCUGGGACUGGCCCUUGAGUGGGCAUGGAACUCCAGAGAGGAGGCAACUGUGCAUUGGUCAGAGGCCAUGUGGAUGGAAGCAGCAGGCUGUUUGUUACCGCUCUGCUGUGCCGUGUGGUGGGGAGGCCUCCACACUCAGCUUCUCAGCGUCAGGACUCCUCUCUUCUUUCUGGCUUUGUCACAGUCCUGAAAAGAGGGUAUGACAGGCAGCCUGGUCUGUCUUCAUACCCUUAAAGGGUUAGCCUGGGUCAAGGGGACACUGCGGAGACAACAUAAACAGGUGAAAUGUCCCUUUUCUGUCCCUUCCCACUAAGACUGAAGGUGAUGUUACAGACCAUGGAUGGCUGGGGCUGGGAAGAAGGGUAGAGCUUUGAGCAAGUGGGGUUGUCCAUCCCCGAGAUCAACAGGAUGGAGUCUCACUGAAUGCUUCAAAGAAAUCUUACCCAUCUAUAUUAAUUACUUUUUUGUUACUGUGAUAAAACACCGUGACCAAAAGCAACUUAUAGAAGAAAGAGUUUAUUUUGGUUUAAGGUUCCAGAGGGAUAGGAAUAUAUCAUGGUACAGAGGCUUGGCAGCAAGUGGCAGGCAUGGCAGCAGGAGCAGGAAGCUGAGCGCUCACAUCGUAACCAAAAGCAUGGAGCAGAGUCAACUGGAAGUGAUGUUUUAUUACCCAAACAAGGCUCUACCUCCUAAAGAUUCCACAACCUUCCUAAACAGCACCACCAGCUGGGGACCAAGUGUUCAAAUAUCUGAGCCUAUGGGACGUUCUCGUGCAAACCACCUCACUACCUCCUGUCCCCAACAUUCCACUGUUCCUAGGAGAAAAACUGAAGUGAGGGCCACUGUUGAGUUGGAAGUGACUAUUCCUCAGCAGCUGUGGCCUGUGAGGGGCACUCAUACCCCAACUACCUGUGGGGUGGUCCAGAGGGUAUGAUGGGUAGACUAGAAUAUGACUGUUAUUUUCCUAGGCCUGCCCUAACAGAGUACCAGGAACUGGAGGUUUGUUUUCUCUUUGACUGAAGUUCAGGGGUCUGGAAUGGAGAUGCCAAGAAGGCCAUGCUCCCCCAGAGGGAAAGGUUUGUUUCAAGUCUUGCUUCACAUCUAUUUCCUUCUGAGCCAUCUCUUCCGAACUGAGACUAGAUGCUGCCCCAACGGCAGGGCAGAGCCUACCUUACACCCUCAUGUGUGAGCAGAGAUUUGUGAUCCAGUGGGCAGAAACUUAGGCUGAGCGGGUGGAUACAUUUGUACAGAUUUGGGGCCUUAAAGCACUGACCAGA